AUGUUCUGGAGAUUCGGCGGAUACGCCAACAUCUCCACCAUCGACACCAUCCUUGAGAAGCCAGACUUCUCGCUAGAGGACCUCCUCGACGAAAGCGAUCUGAUACAAGAGCUCAAGCAACACAACACGAAGCUGAUCGAGUAUCUGCGCGACGACAAGGUUCUCCAGAAGCUCCUCGAGUAUGUCGUCGCUCCCAAGCUCGAGCCAGUAGAGAACCCGGAGGAGGACAAGGACAAAGAUAAGGACGACGACGAUAAGAAGAAGGGCAAACUCAUUCUGCCAUUUGGCCGGCCCCGUGCCUCGUCAGGAGCUACCAACGAUGGCGAGCACGAUGAGGAUGAGGGCGAGAAGAAGCGAAACCGCUACGCGUACGUUGCGGCCGAGGUUCUGUCCUCCGACAACUGGAGUAUCUACGAGGCACUUAUGGAGAGUACAUCACUGCUUCGCAACUUCUGGAACUUCCUCAAGCUCCCCGCACCGCUGGACCCCCUCCAGGCGAGCUAUUUCACCAAAGUCAACGAGUCCCUGUUCGACAAGAAGACGGAAGAGAUGCUCGACUUGCUCAAAUCGCUCGACAACGCUGUCCCCGACAUGUUGCGCCACGUCGACUGUCCCAUGAUCAUGGAUCUCUUGCUCAAGAUCAUCAGCCUGGAAAGAACCGACAGUGGUCAGGGCAUUGUCGAGGUAUGUUUCAACAUUCAGUGGCUGUAUACCAAGGACGUUAUGCCGACCUUGCUCUCCUUCCUCGGUCCUGAACACAGCUGGGCCACACAGACCUCGGCCGGCGACUUUAUGAAGGCCAUCAUCACGGUCUCCGCCAACGCCUCUCAAAAUGAGCAGGCCUGCAUUGGACCCAACGAGCUCACCCGCCAACUCGUCUCCAAGCCCUGUGUCGAGCAACUGAUCGACUACAUGCUGAGGGGUGGUAAUCCCUUGACCGUGGGAGUUGGCAUCAUUAUUGAAGUGAUUCGAAAAAACAAUUCCGACUAUGACCCGGAUGUCGGUCCUGAUAACAAUGCCACACCCUCUUCUCGAGACCCCAUCUAUCUCGGAACUCUUCUCCGCCGGUUUGCCGAUCGCGUCCCCGACUUUAUGAGCCUCGUCAUGAAUACAAGCGCCCACAAGCAGCGUAUUCCCUCCACCUUCGACGACGGCAUCGAGCCUCUCGGGUUUGAUCGCUUCAAGACGUGUGAGCUCAUGGCCGAAUUGCUACACUGCAGCAAUAUGGCUCUGCUCAACGAGGUUGGAUCCGAGCAGGUUAUUGCCUUGCGCGACCAGGAGCGGCAAAACCUGCGCGUCGAGGGCAAGUUGGUUCCUGCUCGCACCGAAGAGGCCCAUUCAUCUGCAGAUGAUCUCACCAUGCGUGGCCGCCAUACCUCCUCACCUGACGAUGGCCGACGUCUAGAGGUGACCAACGCCUCUGAUGACGACGGAUUCGAAGAAGUUGCGCCUUCCGGCGAGAUGACUGAGGAUACUUCACACGAAUUCGUCAAGGCCGAGGACGAAAUCCCGUCUGGCCCCGUGUCUUCCUUCCUGGACAAAGAUGACGACGAUGACUUUGUCGAUGAGCCUCUGAGCUCCCCGAGACUGCACGUCCAAGACGCCAAGCUCAAUGAUCUCCCGGAGAUGGAGAACCCCGAGUUUGUCGUUGCACCGCUCUCUCCCAAGAAGACUGUCGCCAAAAGCACUGCGUCCCUUGGUGAUGAAUCUGUGCCAGACGAGAUCCCAGCGGCAGAGCAGACCUCCGAGUCUGCACAGGAUACACCUUCCCCGAAGGCGGAAGUAUCAGAGGCGGGGCUUACAGAUGAGCGUUCCACCAACGCAAAGUUGCCAUUGGAUCCCUCAACAGGCGACAUGCUCGAGGCCGAGUUGGAUUCCACCAUUUCGGAUCUCUCAGGUGUUCAAGCAGCCCAGACUUCCCCCGAGUCGUCGGCACAAAUCACACAGUCGACUGAGCCUAGCACGGAGAAGUCUACUCCUCACGACGCAAAGCCUGUUGCUAUUGAGCCCGAGGCUACGCCAGCAGCCGAACAAGGGGAUGGUUCCAUCAUUGUUGGGCAUGAGGCGAGUCAGCCUGCACAGCCAUCGGCUAAUGACCCUGCCAAUCCAGUCGUGGGUGAUUAUCUCAAAAUGCAAUUCGUCGAGCACAAGGUGGUGCCGACAAUACUCUCAUUCUUCUUCAAAUACCCCUGGAACAACUUUCUACACAACGUCGUCUAUGACAUUGUGCAACAGGUUUUCAAUGGCCCAAUGGACCGUGGCUACAAUCCAACCUUGGCCAUUUCGUUGUUCGAGGCAGCUGAUGUCACCAAUGCCAUUAUAAAUGGACAAAACCGUAGCGAGCAGUCACAAGCUCAGAGCAAGACCCGCAUGGGUUAUAUGGGUCACUUGACCCUCAUUGCAGAGGAGGUAGUCAAGUUUACAGAGCGGAACCCACCUGAGCUCCUGUCCGAACUGGUGCUCGACCGUGUAAUGAGCCAAGACUGGAUCAACUAUGUAGAGGGCGCCUUGGCAGAAACGCGUGAGAGGGAUAAUGCCAUCCUUGGCGGUGUCAGACCAGAGGUAGCUAUGAGUAACCGCGCCGCCAUGGCUGGAAAUAACCUGGGCAUGGCAUUGGGUCAGAUCGGUUUGGGCAAUUCACAAGGGUCCAACGCCCUUUCUGACGCUGGUCUCAACGGUGGCAACGACGACAACGGCAGUGCAAGCAGCUACGGCGGGGCUUUCACCGUUGGUAACGGCGGUGCUGGAGGAUCCGGCUCCGACUUUGAUCGCAAUUCCAGUGACGAGGACGAAGAUUCCGAGGAAAACGAAGAGGAUGUGGUCAAUGAUGUAAGUUCAUGA